AUGUAUCGCUCCUUCUCAAGCAGGGCACCUUACCUUGUGUCGAACAUUCGCACGCUGCAUCCAAUUCUGAAAGGGGCUUUAAAACGUUUGCGUCGCCUCAACGCACCCGUCUCUACACAUCCUCACCCAGACGUACACCGACAGUUUCUAGGUCAUGCGACACUCUUCUCUUCAAUACAGAUGAUGGACUCGCUAGGAGACAGCCCUGAUCCAUACCGCUAUACGAGUGGCCGAUGGCUCCGUCGCGAUGCGCUGGAGCGAGAAUCACGUUUUAUACGUUUCAACUUUGAUGCUCUAUGUUGUAAGGUUUUAGAACUAUGUCCUGGCGCCAGCUCUGUCACUUCGUACGACAAGAAGGAAGGUGGCUUCAACAGAGUGUUUAUAUUCCACACUGAUAACGCCAAACGUAUCGUUGCGAGACUGCCCUUUGCAUUGGCAGGGGUCUCAAGGUUGACGACUAAUUCCGAAGUUGCAACGAUCAAGUACCUGCAAGCCGAGACUGGAAUCCCUAUCCCAAAGAUAUUGGACUGGAGCGAUGACGCUUCAAAUGCCAUCGGUAGCGAAUACAUUAUCAUGGAACAUGCAUCAGGGAUUUCGUUGCACGAGAAGUGGCCAACCAUGGACGUGAGCGAUCAAAUCAGGUGCAUAGAGGCAAUUUGCCAAAAGCUCAAAGAGAUCGUCGACCUCAAUUUUCCAGCGUAUGGCAGUUUGUACUUCGCUGAAACACCAUAUCUUCCUACUUCAAAGCUGUUGUUGAAUAGGGAGUUCUGUAUCGGUCCCCACUGCGGGGCUAUGUAUUGGAACUGUAACGUUGGACAGCCCAGAUACUAUCACGACACCAGACCAAAUCAAGGACCUUGGCUGAAGAUCGCCGAUUACUGUGACGGUCUCAUCGACACCGGAAUCUCCAAAAUCCCACCAGCCGGAUCUGUGUCAAAACGCCCACGUUAUCAUGGAUCUAUCGAAACACACAAGAAGCUGCUCUAUUACGGUCGCGCAAUGUUAAAAGAAAUGGCCAAAAGCUCUCAGAUUCAGAACGCAGCUACCCCAGUCAUGUUUCACCCUGAUCUGCACAAAAGAAACAUAUUUGUCUCAGAAGAGGAUCCCACGGUUGUGUCGGCCAUCAUAGACUGGCAGUCAACUAGCAUUGAGCCGGCAUUCUGGUAUGCGGAUGCGAUACCAGACUUUGCGCAACCUGUUUCUGAUCCUUCGAGCGAGGACAAAAUUGAACCCAAAAGCGAGGCAUGUGCCAAAGCAUAUGAUUUUUGCAUCCAAUUCUUGGCCCCGAAGCUGUCCGUAGCGAGAUCAAUGGAGGAAGCUUAUCUUCGGCCGUUUCGCUACUGCUAUCGCACCUGGGAGGAUGGUGCUGUUGCCUUCCGCGAAGAGCUAAUCCAGACGUCGCAACACUGGAAAGAGCUUGGAUUUGCGGUGCAAUCUCCGUUUCCUCUACCCUGCCCUGAUGAAAUCACGGUUCACCAGAAAGAAUACAGGCUUUUCGAAGCGGCACAACAGCUGAGACAUAGCCUGUCGAGUCUGCUCAAUACCGCGUCUGAUGGCUGGGUUCCUCUGCAAGAUUGGGAAGGAACUGAGUCUGCGCAUUGGGAAGUUUUUGAAGGGAUGCUACAGGAAGUACUUGGGAAUGAGCAGCCCGAUGACGAUGAGCCGAUUAGAGGCGAAAAUGACCUCAGAGAGAUCUGGCCAUUCGACCUGAAAGAAUGA